AUGACAGAACGCCCACAGUACUUUGAAAACACAUUGAAGCCGCUAGAGAUCAAUGCGGCUUCACUCGCAAAUUCUCUGAAGGAACUGCGUGUAGCAGUCCGCCUUGGCACUGAAGCUAUACAAGCAAAUGAGCCUCCCCAAGAAAAAUGGUCGGUCGGUGGCAUGUUCAAGUCCUUCCCCAGAGUUGCCCUCGCUUUCUUGCGUCUCGAUUACCAGUCCUCAGUACUGAAUGAUGAAAGUGUUUCGCAACCGGACUACCGUCAGCUUGCGCUCGAGAGGAUUCCCUCGGAGUUCCCUGAGACUCCACUAUUGCCGUCUCGAUUGUCUCCUGCAGGGUCGUUCUCACCUAUCAGUGCUGUAUCUCUGCGAGUUCUUUCGGCUCUGGCGAAGUCUAAUUGGGGGGAAAACUAUAAGCCCAGCCUUUCUCAGAAGGAUGUCACUUGUCUUCUUGACGCUUCCAACUUGGCUCUGAAGAAUGCCCCUCUUGUUCAUCAUGAUGGCCGAAAUAUGGGUGGUGAUGAGAUGCUGUUCGGUCGUGCAGGUCUUCUAUGGACACUACUAAAUAUACGCGCUCAUCAGUUUGAUGAUAAGACCCAGAAGGCACUCGGUCCUGUUUAUGAGACAAUCCCAAAAAUGAUAGAUGUGAUUAUAGAUUCUGGACGUCAAGGCUCGAAAAAUUAUAUUGAGAAGAAUGGAGCACAGGAUGCGCAUCCGCUGAUGUAUGCCUGGACGGAGGGACACUAUUGUUUUGGAGCUGUUCAUGGAAUUACUGGUAUCCUGUCUAUCAUCCUUGCAGCCAAGUCAGAGGAACUCACAAAGCAUCUUGGAAUCAUUGGAGAGACGAUCACGGCCCUAUGCAAAAUGACUCUUUCAAAUAACGGACACAUGAUGAUAACUCUUCCACCUAUCAAGUCCGAGCAUACCCGAACCUCGGAACUUGUGCAGCUCUGCCACGGAAGCCCGGGGAUUCUGAUUCUCUUAGGAGAGGCCUUGAAAAACAAAUCCUUGACACAAGACCACUGGUGCCCCGAAUGGGACCAAGCCAUUUACAAGGCCUCUCAGCGAAUCUGGGAAGAAGGCCUUCUCUCCAAGGGAGGUAGCUUGUGCCACGGAAUCUCUGGAAACGGAUUGCCCUGGCUCACCCUGCACAACACUUUCGAGUAUCACUCAAAGAACCUCGAAGCUGCCAAAACCGCUUAUGUGCAGCGUACGCAGGCUUUGGCCCCUUCAUAUGGAGACGCUAGUCUGAGGCUCACCCCAGAUUUCUUCUUGUCAAAAGCUCUGGCAUUCAUGUUGCACUCUCGCGAAACUCCGCCGUAUAACAAAGCUGCUGGAGUGUCUGAGAAGGAUUACCGCAUGCCUGACGAUCCAUACUCACUGUCCGAGGGUUUGACGGGUACUGUCUGUGCUUGGGCUGAGACAUGCGCGGUGAUUCAAGCCCGAUUGCACAAGAUGGAACUUGGUGAGGGAUCAGACUUAAACUCUGAUCGGUUGUUUGAGCAAGCAAUCAAGAGUGAGCUUGGGUUCCCGCUUGUUGGUGGAAACGGGGCUGGUGGGCUUCUUUAG